AUGGGCGUGAUCUCUGAACUCCGUAUGCAGAUUCUGGAGAAUCUCGGAAUCCUCGAGCCUCGCCUGAUCGCACCCACAUGGUUGCUCUACUGCGAGACCAAGUCCACCGACGUUUCUGCCAAGAAGCGCGAGUCUGGCGACAUGAUCAACCCUGACGAUCAAAUCUACACCAAGACUUUCUCCAAUGGUUCUCACCAGUCCGAAAAGGACUACUAUACCGUUGUCCUGUCCUUCUCAGAACGCUUCGGCAUCCAGGGAAUCAAGAUCUUCAAGGACUCUGGCGACUCGCCCGAGUUGGCCUACAAGGCCCUGCUCAGACAGGUGGCCUUCGAAAUGACCGCGCGCAACCACAUUCCCAUGUAG